CGAAGAAGCGCAAGGAAGAAGAAGAAUUUUCUGUGUGCGCUUUGCCUCUCUACAGAGCUCGCUCUCAAGCCUAGACAGAGAGCACCAGCGCAUCAAGAAAGACAUGGCUACCAUAUACAGCGGCGCGCCCUCUACCUCGCGCUUCCCGUUCUCCACACACACACAUUACACGUCCAACGCUGACGCCCCCGCACAGGUUCAAAUGCACCAGUUCCGGUAUGGUAGCUACGCGAUGGAAAGUCAGAUGGAGGUCUCGUCACCGCCUUCCUUAGCGCCGCCGGGCGCCACACUCGGCCUACUGAGCAAGCAGCACAUGUACGCCGAAUCUAACGCCGUGCGCCUGCCAUCGCCCAUGUACAGCAGUCAGCAGAACGCGUCGACCACGAUGAAUAUGCAGUCUAUGAUGAGAAAGAUGUAUCAGCCGCAGCAGCCUCAUCCUCCUCCCAUGGAUAUUCCCCAGCAGCAGACCGAAGUGUUGCAUGUGUCGCCUGGCGUCCCUACGCCGGUAGAGCUGUCUAUUUAUGAGAUCAAGCAGCCAACAGGAUUAUUACACGUGACCGUCGGCAAUCAGACUGUCGAGUUUCUCGAUGGGGUAGCCAACAUGCCGCAGAAGCGGUAGAUGCAUACUGUGUAAAACGUGACAGCAUCCCGCGACUAAAAGACGGGCCGUGUUCCCUCUUCCAUCCAGUAUACGAGUCACCAAGUUGUGAAUGGACGCCCUCUUCUGAUAAGAACGAUCCCCAGUGCUGCUACCACCCCAAGAACC